AUGUUCGCUAUCAGAUUAAACCAGCCAGUUGGCUGGAUCUUGUCCUUGUUCAUACUUGCCGUUGGCGCACAAUCUAACUGCAACCAUGACGAUUGUUAUAAUGCGCUCUUCCCUUGCGAGUUUCCCCUUGCUAUCUCGCAGGCCAUGAAUUAUUGCUCGACUGUGGGACACUAUGGCGCCACGGACUUCCCAGCGCAAGCAACGGCUGCUUGUGGUAAUACUAAUAGGAGAGCUUACCUUUCGGCUUGCGCUUGUGGCCCUGCUUGCCCUACCCCUUUACCUAAUUCCACGUUUUCGACCAGUACAGUAUCAAUUCCCAUUACACUCACCAGCUCGACAUUUUCAACCAGUAUUGUAUCAGUUCCUAUUACUCUCACCAACUCGACAUUUUCAACCAGUCCCGUAUCAGUUCCCAUUACCCUCACCAGCCCAACGAUUUCUAGUAGUGAAAUAUCAUUUACAGUCACGAUCACUAGUUCAAUAGUUUCCACUAGUGAGAUAUCGAUCCCAAUUACGCCUCCCUCUACCACGACUUCAGGAGGCAGUGCCCAAUCAACACCCGGAUCAAGUGCGUCAGCAAGCAAUGUGUCCACCUCAGCCUCAUCGACAUCCAUCUCGACAACCUCAAGCACUGUUGAUCCCGACUCUUCGUCUUCACCUAUCUUUUCCUCAUCCACGGCCAAUGUCACAAGCACUACUACCGUUGGAGAUCCAGGGGUAACAAGCUCGAUCUCAGGCUCAUCCACGGGUUUGAACACAACAGCAUCCGCUACCACUUCGAUCACAGUCUUUAAUAUAACAACGUCGUCGACAGCUACUAUCACCUUUUCAGCUUCAGGAAAUCUCAGUUCGGCCACUUUGAAUGCCUCUAGCGCUUUCACGCCGACAACUUCGUGGCUGUCCGGAGGAUCGUCUUCGAUUCCGUUGUCGACAUCCGUAUCGAAUGGCCCCAGUCAGGCUAGCAGCUCAGUAUUGUCGGCUCCCAGUAGCUCGGCAUUCUGGACGAACACGACAUUUACCUCGGUAACAUUGACUACUAGUACGAGUCUUUUGGGUACGGGGUCAUCGGCGUUGACGGCUUCUUUCGCAAGCACAACUGGCGGUAACUUAACGACAUCGUUCGGGACCCCCUCAACUUCCUCAGCCCCGUUUUCCAAUUCGACUUCUACGGGACUUACUACUGGAAGCGUAUCUCUCUCAACUGAUACAUGUAUUGAAACCCUGACACCAACACCAACGCCAACAGAGGAUCCACCAUGCGACACUAGCGGAUCUUACCAAUAUGGUAAUUCGACGGCGUCUGGUUUCGUAUCGACCCCUUCCGGUGAAGAUUCCUCCACAUCAACUCCAAGUGCGCCGUCACUGCCAUCGCUAAGCAGCACAUAUGACGCAGCCAUAUCGGCAAGCCCAACACCAAGUUCACAACCAGGCCCGUUGACCGGCGUGCCAUUCCCGACACUGCAACCGUCAGUCAGCCCAUCGUUAUCUCAAGCAACACCCACGCCCUCCUGCGUAAGCACGGCUAGCACCGGCGCGAUCAAAAACGGCGACUUCGAGCUCGGACUCUCGCCCUGGAGCAUCGACCUCGUGGACAUCAUGUCGACGAGCUACGACGUAUCCACGCCGGGAGCCGACGGGUCCUGCGGCGCCUUCCACGUCUCCAUGGCGCGCAACAUGCAGACGGACGACCUGCGCUCGAACCUGCGGCUCGUGAGCCCGCUCAUCAUCCUGCCUCCGGUAGGGACUAACUGGACGGUGUCGUUCUGGACGCGCUUCGGCGCCGCGCACGAGGACUCGUUCCUCGAGCUGCGGGCCAACGAGGCCGUCGCGCACCGCGUCAACGCGACUGCGGACAUGGCGGACUGGACCCGGGUCGAGUUCCCGUACGAGCUGGAGAGCGGGAGCCGGAUGCUGCAGUUCGUUUUCUCGUUUGUGCUGGGCGAGGGGGCGGAGAGUAAUGAGAUUUGGGUUGAUAAGGUGGCUAUUGAUGUCCCGUCUACGACUUCGUAG